UAUUUGAUUAACGGUAAAAUGGAACAGCGCAAAGUUUCAUAACAAAAUCUACAUAAAGUCCCGUAUUCGGCCGUUUGGUGCGCUAAAGAAACAAAUAAAAGUAUUUUAUACAUAACCUACAUGUAAGUUGCAAUUGGUUGCAAUUGUUUAUAAAGUUAUCAAGUAUGCCGUCCAGCUCGAGUUCUUCAUCAAGUUCGGCUUCAAAUUCAGAUGAAGAAAAUGAGGACUUCGGAAGACAAUUGAAGUUAUACAGAAAGAGUAAUAAUUAUUUCGAAUUGUACAGCGACGACGAGUUUUUCGCAAGUUUUAGAUUAUCAAAGACAGUCGUAAGGACUAUAUUGGACGAUAUUGAGCACCUCAUAAAAGUUCCCAAUCAAAGGGGAGGAUGCAUAAAACCUAUGCAUCAACUGCUUUUGACGCUAAGAUUCUAUGCUUUGGGAAAUGUGCUGAAAACAGUUGGAGAUUUCAUAGGAGUUUCCAAAGCUUCUGCCAGCAGAAUAGUCUUAAGAGUCACAAAUGCCAUAGUAUCUUUAAGAAGUAAAUAUAUAAAGAUGCCUGAGACUCAAUUGGAAAUGAAGCAAAUAGCUGAGAAUUUCCAUAGAAGAUCCAGAAUUUCUAAUGUCAUUGGAUCAAUGGACUGCACAUUCAUUCGGAUCCAAUUUCCUGGUGUUGAGGAUUCUGAGACAUUUAGAUGUAAAAAAGGUUACUUUGCACUGAAGGUACAAGGUGUAUCUGAUGAGAAUUUAAAAUUUAAAAACAUUGUGGCACAUUGUCCAGGUUCCACUGUUAACCAAAGUGUAUUUGAUAACAGCAAAUUGAAAAGAGAAUUUGAAAGUGGUAGGUAUGGUCAAUACAUUUUAGUGGGAAAUGCCAGUUAUGAAAGUGAGAAAUAUCUGCUGGUGGAGCAGGUAGAGAGCCAGACUAAGGGUGAAAGUGCGUGCAAAGAGAGAUUGAGUGAAAUAAGGAAUUUUGUGGAAAAAAUGUUCAGUGAAUGGAAAAAGCGAUUUCCGAUACUGUCUUCAGGCAUACGUUUAGACAUGGAAACAACUGUGUCUGUUAUUGUUGCCACAGCAAUCUUGCAUAACAUUGCCAAGGAGAUGAAAGAUGACUUGCCUGUUGAUUGGUAUCAAGGUGUUAUUUUGGAUGCUGAUCAAAUUAGACAAAAAUUAAUUGACGAGUGUUGAUGAACACAUCUUCAAAUCAUAAUACAUUUAUUUUUGUAUUAAA